UUUUUGCGUGCGUGAUUGUGUACACACAUUUGUAUGUAUGUAUAUAUAUCGUAAUGAAGUUAUUUUACCUCGCAUUCAACUACAAACCCCAGAGGAGUAUUCUGUGAAGAAACUGCAUGAGAGAGUAUUGCCCUUUCACCACGUCAGAGUGGGAUUUUCGGAACGUGGACAAACGGCAUCACACGCGCGAUUUCCUAGCGAUUUGUCCCGACCUGGGCCCUCCAUGGAGGCAGAUGCCCAUGCGCGGGCCAGCAACUCUGUUCUUGGUUAUACAAGGUCCACUGUUUUGCCUUUGUCUUGACACACAUACCAGUGAAUAUCGUAUGACAGUUCCAAAAAAUAUAAGUUUGUCUCCCCUUUCUCUUUCUUCCUUUUUUUCCUGUCAAAUCUGUACCUCAUGUAGCCAAACGACGCAUUCCAACACCACUAACCGAGCCACUCUUCCAUAUCUCCCGCUCGCCCGUCGCACCUUCCGUCCCUCUGCUGCACUCACUUCCUCAGAAGGCUCCCGCACCCCCCUCUCCCUGCUCUCGCGAGUAGACGAACUCUCGCCUCAUGACUGGCUCCUGUUUAGCGACGAGUCCGCCCUGGAGAGGGACCCCGACUCCUACCCGACCAAGGAACCAAAGUGUGACCGUAGGAUCGUCAGCAGCGAGAACCUCCCGAAGGAGGGGGAGGUGGAGGCCCCGGAGCUAAUGAACCCCGAGAAACACGGACGCCAGUGUACGUACACCUUCGUGGCCGCGCCGGGCGAGAGGGUUCAGCUGCAGUUCCGGAAGUUCUAUCUGCGCGGGACACCCCCAGAGUGCAACCACGAGUACCUGGACGUGUACACGGAGAUCAAGAACCCCAACCGUGUGGAUCUGGUCAAUUCUCCGUUCGGUGGUCGAUACUGCGGCCACAUCCCGCCGCGCCUCCGCAUUUCCCUGUACAGCAGCAUCAUCAUCAGCUUCUACACGGACUUCACCAACACUUCCUCGGACCUUUUCCUCGCCAGUUACAAGUUCUUCAAUGGCUCCAAGUACGUCGUGGGCGACCCUUCUCCGGACACCCUGUGCGGUUUCGUCAUCCAUUCGGGGCUUCAGAAGCAGGGCCAGUUCAUGACGCCGACCUACCCCGGAGUUUACCCGAAGAACAUCACUUGCUUCUACAAGUUUAUCGGGAAAAAGGGCCAGAGAGUACGACUUGAAUUUAGGGACUUCGACCUUUUCUACGGAGGUUCACACUGUCCGUUCGACCAGAUAAAGAUGUUUGACGGACCCGACCACAUAUCCCCCCUCAUCGGAACCUACUGUGGGCAGCAGAGGAACCUGGUGAUCUUCAGCAGCGGCAGCACUCUGCUCCUCACCUUCAGUACCCUGCAGCGUAUUGCGGACACCCAGAACCGAGGCUUUAUGGGCAUUUUUAAUUUCUCGGAAAGCUAUGUUAAACUAGAUUUCAUCAAGACCAAAGAGGCCGAGCACAUCCGAGGGACGGAGUGCGACCAGCGGAUUCUCAGCAAGAAGGAAUCCAACGGCACCGUGUACAGCCCGAACUACCCGUUCCCGUACCACCCGAACAUCGUCUGCCGCUACUUCAUCUACGGCCUUCAGGACGCUCAGAAUUUAGAGAGAGUUCGGCUGCAGUUCUACGACGUUUUCGAAAUACCUGCGAAACCCAAAAUAGAUAAAAACUGUUCAGACGGAUACUUACGGAUCUACCUGAAGGGGCAGGAGCAGGAGAAUGCGUACGACAAGCCAGACUACGAGCUGUGCGGGAAGACGCUGCCCCAGACCAUAGUCUCGUACGGCCCGCGCCUCGUCAUGGUCUUCAGCUCCGGCAACGUGCACGGCGGGAGGUUCAAGGCCAGCUACAAGUUCGAGACAGAAUACAAAAUCCCAGGUACGCCGUCACCAGCUGGGAAGUGUGCCUUCACCUACAACAGCUCCAGCAAGAAGUCCGGGUCCUUCAACUCGCCGAGGCACCCCUCCAACUACCCGUCCAACACCACCUGCGAGUACACAUUCAGGCCCAACCCAGAUGAGCAGGUGCAGGUGGCCUUCGAGCAGUUUGCAGUUCGCAGCGACAACUCUAAUGUCACAUACAGGGAUUGGGUCAUGUGGUAUGGUUUGGUUUAUUACUGGUCCUCCUUGUCAUACCUGGUGCAGCAGAUGUUCGAGUCCUGUCUUAAUACCAAUACUGCCAUUGGUGACUGGUUAUGUAUAUCUUCAGGUGAUCAAGGCUAUAUCCAGAAUCUGAAUAUGCAGACCACAAUCAGGAGGACUGAAGAAAUACCCAGACCAACACCGACCAGCAUCAACACGUUCACUUCUGUGGCUUUGACACCUAAAAUAUCUGAAUACACCUCAGAAAAAUUUGCAAGUGACAGUAUGUUGGAAAUAUUCACUUAUGAGACUGUCAGAAAUCUAAUCCAAGUAAUACUUACAAUUGUCCUCAUCAGAAGAAUCUCCUGCUCCGCAGUUUGGUACAUUAUUACAUCGAAGAUUCUUGGAUAUGCAGAGUUGUUUGUGGAACACAGAACUGUUCACAUUUCGGGCCUGAAGGGAGGAAUCAGUGGAGGAGAUAGGAGGGAAGCAGUAAAGUACUAUGUGGCAAAUAGCUUCCCAACUGAGGAGACUUAUUGUGAAAGUCUACACUGGAUUACUCCAAAGGAGGCAGCUUUAGGUGUUUUUAACCAGUGUGGGGUCACCCAUGUGACAGCUCCCAUAUCAGUAUAUAUCUUUUUCUUUGAUAUAAGACAGAAGCAUAUCAACUUUACACUAGGGAGCUGUCACAUGGUUAGAGCCGUAAAGUACAUCUCCUCCACUGAUUUCCUCCCUUCAGGCCCGAAAUGUGAACAGUUCCUGUGUUCCACAAACAACUUCUGCAUAUCCAAGAAUCUUCGAUGUAAUAAUGUACCAAACUGCGGAGCAGGAGAUUCUUCUGAUGAGGACAAUUGUGUCAAAGCCACAGAAGUGAACGUGUUGAUGCUGGUCGGUGUUGGUCUGGGUAUUUCUUCAGUCCUCCUGAUUGUGGUCUGCAUCUGGUGUCACCGGAAGCGCGUCAGGCGGCGGGAAGAUGGUGCUCUACCCCACCACGUGCACGUCUGCGAACGGGGAGCACGAUUUGCCUCAGUGGACAGUGGUGAUCGGAGUCUGUCCCCAGUCCUAGGAACUCGCCAAGCUCACCACCUUAGCCGCACUUCAUUACGAACCGAGACCGUCGUCUGAGAGUACGCCCAGCACCGCCCCACACCCAAGCGGUCGGCCUCGGGGGGCAGUGCUGAGGAAUCUCGAACGCCAACACCCACUGCUUCGUCGCACCACGGGCUCCUCAUGUACUAAACGGGAAUCGACUGGGCAUGCAUUGGCAUCCCAGGCGGAUUGGAAGGGAGUCACAUCCUCCUCAAUAUGGUUUUAGUUUUUAGAUAGAGUUUCGAAGAAAUUAGGUGUUCUCUACUUUGGAAGAAGAAGAAGAAGAAAAUAUCCUAUCAUAGAAAGAGUCGUGCGGUGUUUAUAAAUGUAUUUGAUUAAGUUGAAAGACCUACACUUUUAUACAUGAAUGUUUUGGAUUAAGAUUCUCUAAGGUUUUUACACAUGAAAAGACAUACUCGUGAACAAUGAAACUGUUAAUACCAUGAAUUAUCAUCUAUUGUGCUUCACAUAUUUAUGCUAAACUCAAAGUGAAAGCCUAACACAAGGGCUUAUACAGGUGCUAAAAAUGUGGUGCGGCUACCAGCUGUGGUCAAGUGAUGCAACGGCAAUCAGUAUACUUUAAGAAAGUUCCCUUUACAUGACUGGACUCCAUCUCCCUCGCCUUCGGAGGGCGAUCUUCAUACACCAGUGACGAUUAGCAGAUGAUAAUACGGAGAAAGUGAAACAAUGUUGUUGAUAAUGUUGAAAGUCUGAUUUCCUGACAUUAUCCAGUUAUGGUUUGAAAGCUUUAU